UGGUGUCGAAGUCGGCAUGAGCGUGUUCUUCACGAGCAUGGAAGACGUUUCGAUGGAACCCCGACAGGUCUCCGCCGCGGCGUACGAGAAGUCGGCCUCGGCGCCGACUACACCGACUGAAGCCACUCGACUUCAAGCUCACGGGGCCGCCCUCUCGUCCGCGCUCAAACGUCGCAGCAAGGGACACCGGGUGAACUUCCCGACGGACGACUGCAUCGUCACCGGCUACGUCGAACCUCCGAACCCAUGGAGUAACGCACCCGUCUCCAAGUCCGAGGACCUGCUGGAGGCGUACCGGGCGUCAUGUCACAAGCACGGCGUGGAACCACUCACUAGGCUAGUGCAGCAGCUACAGGCAAUAGGCAUUGUGGGCGACCGGACGCAGGACCUGAAUUUAAAAGGAGAGAAGCUCGAUGCCAGGCAGUGCGAGGCCAUGGAGGACAUCUUCAAGGCCAUGCAGUUCGACUCCAUCAGCCUGGAGGGGUGUCACUUGGAUGACGAGGGAGCUGCCACAGUGUUCGACAUGAUCGAGUACUACGAGUCGGCACGGAAGCUCAACAUCUCGCACAACCGCAACAUCGACUGCCGGGGCUGGCAAGCAUGCUCAAGAAUGCUCAAGAAGACUCCCUGCUUGCAGCACCUGGACGCCAGAGGCACAGCACUGAGCGAGCAGACCCUGCUCGUCCUCGGACGGGCGCUCAGGCUCGGCUCGCACCUCAACUCCCUGCACCUCGAGAACUGCUCCCUCACGGGCCGUUCGCUCGUCAUUUUAGUGGCAGCACUGAAGCUGAACCCAGCUCUGAAAGAGCUCUACCUCGGCGACAAUGGGAUGUCGUGUGCCGACGGUCUGCAGCUGGCAAACUUGCUGCGGGCCAACACGCGCCUGGAGUACCUCGACUUGCGUGGGAAUAGUCUGCAAGACAUUGGCGUAUCGCAUCUAUCGGACGGAAUAGCGCAGCAGCCCGACAGCGCCGACAAGGGGCUCAAGACUCUGGUGCUCUGGAACAACGGCAUUUCGCCGGCAGGCAUGAGGCACAUCUCGCGGGCCCUGGUUGCCACGAAGUCCCUGAUUACCCUCAACUUGGGUCACAACGCUAUCGGGGACGACGGCUUGCUCAUUCUGCGCGAGGCGCUCAUGCGCAACAAGUCCGUCUGCAACCUGGGCCUGCAGAACACGAAGAUAACGUGUGAAGGUGCCAUUGCCUUGGCAGAGUUUAUCGCCGACAGCCAGAUCAUUGCGAGGUUGGACCUGCGGGAGAACAAGAUCGAAGUUGGCGGCCUCAUGGCACUGGCUCAGUCGCUGAAGCUCAGCAAGAGCGUCACGCGGCUAGACCUGGACCAAGUCAAAGCCGAAAACGAUGCCAAGGACAGCGUUCAGGACCAGCAAAGGCUCCUCCUGGAGAUUGGCGAGCAAUGCCGCCGCAACAAGAGGCUCCUUCGGCUGGCCUCGGUGUCCAGCGUCUGCAACGGCAUCUCGGGUCCCAACGCCCCUGCCCUGCCAGACCUCGCCAACUCCGCGGUCCUCGCAAAUGGCACCAUCGUGGCGGCCACCGCUGCAACUACUCAGGCACGACCGCCGUUCAGCACGAGCCUCUCCGUCAACGCCGUCACGGGUGGCAACGCUGUACCCCCUUCAAGCCCAGGAACAAGCCGGUUCCGUGUCUCCCGCGUCUGCCUGGAGACAGAUGGCGAGAAUGGACCGGCAGCUGUCCCGGAGAACCCGAACGCCGCGCAGCUCAGCGCCGCUGGCACCGACAUCACCUCACCGACCCUGGAGCGUUCCCACAGUGCCCCAGCCUCUGUACCGUCUCGCUUCACUGUGACACCCGUAAACGGCUUCAAACCCGCCGCGGUGUGCAUUGAAAAGAAAGAGGAGGAAGCAACACCAGACGUCAUAGAGGUGGAGGCACGCGAUGGACGCACAAAUGGACUCGGACACCAGGAGGUAGGAGCCGAGGACGAGGAGGAAGAGGAGGAUGAGGACGACUUUGUAGGGCAUGCCGUCUCGAAGCCUGUCACCAUUAUGGCGCCCGGGCCGUGCCACCGCGGGAGCGCGGACGACUUUGAGGAGGCAGAAGCAGAUGACGUGGGAGGGCAGAGAGACGAGGAAGAAGAGGACAAGGACUCGCUCUCAGCGCCGCCCUUGCCGAUGCCCGGAAGGACAAGUCCCACCUGGUUCAUGUACCCCUCCGUGUCUACAUCGGCACAGCCAAGAAAUGGGAUGGCGGCGCCACCUGCCUCUGGCAACAUCGGGGAGCGCAGACGCAAAAUCAGCUUCCAGCUGCCAGAGGGCACUACGGGUGAAGGAGGCCGGCUCUUCAACGGCCGCGGCGAUCGCCGGAUGAGCACGCCCGCCAUGCCGGUGUCGAAUAGCGCCGCACGCAAGAAGCUCACGGCGCUCAAGUUGUGCAAGAGGCUGGAGAGCCUGGACUUGCGGAGCACGGUGCCGCUGUCGCCGACCCGGCUUUUGGAAGGCUGGGCGUUCCCAGAGCCAUCUGUGGACUUUAAGUACCCGUCGGAGUGAAUGCCUGCACUCGCACCUCACGAACGAAGCGGGCUCAGCACUAUCAAAAGGCUGAGCCUCUGCUCCAAAAGGAAGCUGGACUUGCUUGCCAGAGACGAUUACGCUUGCUCUCAAGCUACUAAUGUUCCUAAGUAUUCAAAGCAAGAUAUUUAUGUUGCUUUUUUCUAAGUUAUUGCCCCUUUUUCAGACAGCUUGCAUACAACACCGCCCACUUCGUUGACUUUUUCUUCUUAUUCACGUUAUUUUUUAUCAGCAUUGCAUGAAGCAUAUAUAUGUGCCGCUGCUGUUUUUUGUUCUUUUAUGUUUUCACCAGAUGUUUUUCGUGUGCAUUGUUCUCGUAUCGCUUUCCUGUCACCAGUGGAAUCGUCGAAUUUGUCGUUUUCAAUGGUCACACCACUUGCGAUAACCGAUGAUUUGCAGCUGCCGGGCGACGAAGUUUGAGCGGUUGUCGCAGGCUUUGCAGCACAAAAGCUGCAGUAGAUGUGACACUCCUGUUAAGCUGACCUUGAACAAAACGACACGAAAGAAGUUUCUCACAUUUCAGCUGCAAAAGAAGCGUUUUCGAUUAUGUACUAUACCAGUCAUUUUUCUACAACAUCGCGAUCUUUGUGAGGCUGCACCAGUGAUUGGUGGGUGAAGCGCGCAUCCUUGUCAUGUUCGGUCGGCAUGUGACGCUUUUGUUGGUGCUGUAAUGAGAAGCCCAUAUAAUGGGAUCGUUAUGAUGUGUAGAAAACAUGCUUUUGGUAUUGACAUGUACCGUGAAGGGAAAGCCAAGUUUAAGCCUUCAGAAAAUGGGAGGUGAAACGCUGUCGUGUUUCGAUUGAUAGGUAACACAAUUUUUUUUCUUUAUGUCCAGGUUCUUUGGUGUGUCACACUCAUUUCAUUGGAUGCUACGCUAGGCUUUUAAAACAGAAGUACAUUACUGAUGAAAUGCACUCAUAAUGACAUCGUUAGGGUUGUUAGGUAAGUUGUCCUGGUAGUAUGCGUGAAAGACAUUUAACAUAAAUGUAGUAUAAAUGUGAUAACUGAUUCGCAGCCUCGUAUCAUGCAUCUGCCAUUCGCUAUGUUGUUUUUACGUCUCAUUGGCACGCCUAAUGUUUUCGUUGUAUUUGUUGCCAAAUGAUGUGUUAUGUCAUUUUAAGUGCGUUAUUUUCUUCACUCAAUAUAUGUCAGAAAUGCAGACAUUCAACUAAAUUGGCUUGACCGAAGCUUAUUUAGUUUAAGAAAUGAAAUUUUUGGUAAUAUUUUAAGUGCUUCAAUUGAAGGUAUUGAGCACAGUUAAGUAAAUGACUGUAUAACUUUUAGCAGACGUAUGUCACAACAUUUCGGCUGAAUGGUUUGAAGCGUACAUUGCAGAGCUGCACAGUGGAUAAUACAUGCGAACAUUUUCAAUAGUAUAACUUUAGUUAUUACUUUUUUUUGCUAAGUAAUCACUAUUCAAAUUUCGAAGAUUUCAUCCGAGUUUGAGCACUGAUCGGCUGUUUAAGAGCAUUUACAUCAUAAUUAACACAGUAUCAUGAGUAAACAUCACACGUGACAUGAUUUAUGUCAUUAGGUGUUUACCUGAAUUCUGACUCGAAGUAAGUAGUUGAAGUUUUGUUUCUUACAGCUUGUGAUAGUUUCAUAUUUUAUGUUGUGUCCUCAACGUGAUGUUCCAUUGACUGUGCUAGCGCAAUCAUCCAUUCCCGUUGUUUACAAUUAUAGGCUUUAUUACCGAAAAUGCUACUCGGAAACCUGGCACUGAAGUAUUUGAUCCAUUAGGGUACAAGUGUGGAUUGUGCAUUGCAUUUUUUAGAGCCUGCCUUUGCCUAGUUUAUUAAAGCACGUUUGCUCCUUUUAUUUGAAGACCAGCUUUUUACCUGAUUUUUUUUUUAGAGCAGGAAAAUUCGUUACUAUUCAUGUCUUAAUCAUUGUGCUGUGCAUUUCUCAUCACAUGACCAUUUCUCAUAAACAGCAAAUAUUAACAAUUUCAAGAACAAAAUCACUAAAUCUAGAUAUGCCUGAGCAGCUAUAAUCACCAUCAAUACUUAGUCUAAAAAACCUCUCUUAUUGAUAAUGCUCCCAAAGCAUGUGCACUAUAAUAAUGAAAGCAUAAACUAGGUCACAAAGAAUUAAUGGGAAGUGUUGUCAAAUACAGAAGGACUUUUUUUUUUUUUGCAAAUUCAUGUGCUUCCCUCUGUGCACAUCCCACCUUGUCAAAUUCUGCCAUGUUGGCACUAUAGGCCAAUCAGCAACAGAGACAUACCCAAUUGAACUUUGUCUUAAAAUCUGACACUUUUAGGGUUCCAUCGCUGCACUAGCUGGUGGCAGCCAUGUCGGUGGUACAGGCAGUAGCAAUGCUUGCCUCCAGAUUUUUCCUAGCAUUGUUGUUGUAAAGCUUUGCACUUGUAACCGUGUUUAGUUUCGAGGAUUGCCAAAUGUUUGCGGUCUUGGUCACAGUGUGAUGUUUGCUGUUGCAGCGAUGAAUUUUCGCUUUCGCGAUCAUAGCGAGAUUAUCAUUGCCGCCACAUAAGAAUUACAUCGAGUAUUGGGGAAGUGCCAAUGCCGAAUAGAUCACAAUCCGCCCCUCUUUAAAUUCCGAGAGUCCGUGGGAUUCAUACCUGGCUACUUCGUGCUGAUACAGUCGAACACGGGUAUAUCGAACUCGCCAAAAAAACGUUUGUUAGUUCGAUAUAUGGCCUAAUUUGAUAUAGGCCCGGUAUUGGUUUUGUCAUAAAGGCACAUAACAAACUAGAAUAAAAGUACUUUAUUAAUAUGGUGGCUUACUUGCGUGUCCUACUGUGGAACAAAAUAGUCCUGGAUUUUUUCCUGUGCCAACGACUUUGCUGCCUGCGACAGCACGCACGCCUCCAUGUUGUCCAACGAGUCGGAGCAGCUGAAGCUGCAACCUUCCACAUUCAAGCAAUAGCGCCGGACCAACGCAAGUGUGCUAAUCGCUUCGGAGGAUGUAGGCAAUGGGCCGUCGUCGAUUUCCACUUUGCUGUCACUUUGGCUCGUGGUCGGCACGACGUCUGCAAUGUAAUCCGCAUCCUGUAAUUGGCCUAUGAUGGGGACAUCAUCGUCCGCACUGACGAACUCGUCGAAUGUGGAUCCGUCGAUAGCACCCGGGAACUCUGCCAGCUCGUUCCAAACUUCGGUUGAAACACCUGCGGUGUCUUCAGUGCUGUCAGAAUUCGGGGUGUCAUCACCAGGCAUGCGGAAGCCGGCAUGCCUAAAGCAGUCCUGGAUCAUCUCCUUUCUGCUCGAUCAUAGGGCCGGACACCGGGAUGCUUCGGGACCGAACGUCCACAAACCAUUUCUAAACGGCCGCUUCAACAUCUUCGUACACAGCAGCGCGCACACGUCGGGUGCCACGGGCACCUGGCCUUUUGUCCGACUUGGCCCUGAUGUCUGCCUUGUUCUUCAGGUUAGUACUCAAGGUGCUCCUUGGAAUUUUGUACGCAGCGGCGACGUCGGACUUCUUUUCACCGCGCUCAACCCGAUUGAUGAUUUCGAGUUUCGCGGCGAACGGCAAAUUUUGCCUCUUUGCGCAAGCCAUGAUGACAGCGCGCCAAUACAGUUCACAGAGCACAAACAGGCAACACCACAGCACGCUGAAUCGCCAGCAGCAGGCACACAAGCAUAAAAAAAGGAAAAAUGGCAUUCACUUCUACCGCCUCCGCGCCUCGGAGAAAGCACGACGGCCUCUGAUUAGCUGUAAGCGUAGCGAGCGGGCCAGGAUCAUUUCUUGGAGGGGGGUGUUCGCCCGCGCACAACUGGGUCUAACCGACUUUUUCUAGGGUGGCGCCGGCAGUUUUACGCGCCAACGCGAGGGAAAGCCAACUUGCUGGGGCACUUUUGAGGCACAUGGAGUUUGAUAUAUCAGUUGUCGUUGCUAUUUUCCUCCGAUAGAACAGUAACUUUUGCUAUAUAUUCUCAAUGUAAACUUACCGUGUUUGGGAAUUCUUCGAUAUACGGGAUAAUUUGAUAUAAACGGGCUUGACUGUAUCAUUAUCAAACAUGAUUGCUUGCUUGUAACAAGACCUUAUGCAUGAUAGAGUAACCUUGCUUCCACUAUUUAGUUAUGAGAAAGUGAUUUGUAAUUCUUCUAUGUCACUUUCUCAUUGAUCUUCCAGAUUUUCUCAAAGCGUGUGAUUUCUGUAGCUGGCAUUUAUACAAACACAUUCUAUUUGACCAGCUGUAAAACUUUUCUUCCUGCACACUUGUUGGCUAGAGCGGUUAGAAGUGAUUUACAGGACAAAAAACUUUGCAGCUCUCGGACACUAAUCACAGUUUUUGCUUAGCUGCUGCAAUUGUUAAUUGAAUAAUUAAAGAUUUAAAUGCUUAUUGUAUACAGGAUGCUUUGAUUGAGCUAGGCUUUGUGGAAAAAGUGUCAUUCAUCACAUCAUAGUUGUUUACAAAACGAAUAGCCAGUGUUCACUCUUUUGGUCACAAAACUGAUACCAUACAGAGAGCUGUUUAUAAAUUCGGUGGCAGCUAAAAAAAACAUACAGAACAUUGAAAAUGAGAAACUUUUUUUGUGUGGUUGGAGUGUAGGUGUGACUAACAUCAUAUUGAGUCAAUUUUUUUCUUACUGUAUGUCUAAUUAGAUGUCUGGUAGUGAUAAUUGCACUGUGCCCUGAAGGAAUGCUGGUAUGAAAGAAAUGGUAAAAAAAUAUUUUUUGACACUUAAGCAGAUUUUUAGACUAUGAUAGUCUGUAUUAUAGAGUCUAUGAUUAUGUAAUCAAAGUUUACGAUUACAAAAAUGAAUAUAUUGACAAUUAGUGUUGAAGCCCAAGAAAAUAGCUCUAAUAGCAUUGAAGAGAAUAUCUCUUUUUGCCAUGUUUUUCGAUGAAAGAAUAAUCUUUGACCUUUUAUUAGUUUUUUUUUUCAAAAGCCACUGCUGUAUUUAUAACCGUGUUGAAUGAGCCUUCAAAAGUAUAGAGAAUAUAGCUUCAUGUCAUGGCAUGAUAUAUUUUUGUGGGAAUAUAUGUAACACAAGAAUAAGUACCAGAGAGGUGAGACGAAGUUAGUACAUUCAAACCUCAAUAUAACAAAGUCACACCUGCUGCAAAAAUGCUUCGUUAUAUCAAAAAAUUAGUUAAAGACAUACACUUGCAGUACUGUACCUUUGACAGAGCUAUUCUUCAUGUACUUUGUUGUAACUGAUAAAUCAUUAUAUCUAGGCUCGUUAUAUUGAGGUUUGACUGUAUGCGAAUUUACCAUGAAGUGAGAUAUAGUAAACAGUCACUUCCAUCACCAGUGCUCUGCAUUUUUGGAACUACAGCGAUUACAGAGAAUGUCCUUCCAAUUUCGAAGUUAUUCACGGCUAAUCUAAAAAUGAAAUGGUCAACACUUAGGGACUAUUGAAACAUACUUCCGAAUCUGAGCAAGGCCUGAAGCACGUUUGUGCCUCCAAAAGGUGUUAAAUUUUCUAGUGCAGAUGCGGUAUGCAUACAAUCGCAGCUUCCUACGACAUUCCUAGAUUGCGUGACGAAGAUGCUUAUGUCUCGAACAAAAAGUACCGAAAAGUACACAUGUGCCACAUAUAUAUUUUUUUUCACGCUUCGACUGUACUACUGUGGACAAAUGAAACGCACGUCUCUCAAAGCGAAUUUUAUUUGACACUGCAAUAUUACGUGCUUUUAAUUUUAAUAACAAAGUAUUAUGCAACAAAAUUCCAAUUAAGUAUCCUAAUGUGCCUGCCACAUGAAAAGCAGUCUUGAAAAAGCCUUGCCAUUCCAACAGAAAUAAAAAAAAAUUAUUUCUCAGUGUAUUGUUUGCUUGCAGUAGUAUAGUUGAGCAGCUUUUCUGCUGGCAUUUCGGUAUUUGGGCAAAACUUCGGCCCAUCUUCCCAGAGACAUUUACGUUGAAAGUAUUGGACAGAGCAUGUGAGGCUGCCAUCUCUCUGGGUGCGUUGCUCUUGUGAUAUACACUGCGCGUUUUAUAUGUCGUUGUAAAGCUUGAUGAUUGUCAACACAAGUUCCCCGUAAAUUUCGUUCUUCGCAGUGCCUGAGCGAGGCCAUGUUUCUUUACAACCCGCAUGUUUCUUGUUUGAGCAAGUUCUUCUUUCCACAUAUGGCAGUGCCAAAUGUUGCUGUUGUUAUCGAGUUAAAUAACUCAUUAGGAAGUUGCUUGGUUCAUUUUGUAUCGCCUAACACCAUUUUGGCAAUUUUCUAAUCAUCGCUAAGAUAAUUUCACGUACAUGUACCUAUCUUCAUUUUGCUGAUUUUAAACUCGGUGUUGCUUUUUGGUAGACCGGAUAUUGCAACACGUUUGGAUGACAGUGCGCGUUGAAAAGGAAUGAGAUGUCUAUUGUAGUACUAUUUUCGUUAUCUCUGGAAAACACUUUGAAUUUUGCCGUUAAUAAUGCAUUGUCUGAAGCAAAUACGUGUUUGUUAAUUUGCCCACUAUGGUUUCUGAACAUCGUACACAAUUAAAUUUUGAAACUGUGCCAAGUUUGAAUGUGUGUUUUUGGACAUUGGUUUGUUACGGUGGUUUGGGGUAAGUGGUACAUGUGGGAUGUAAAUGACUUUGAAACAAAUGCAUCGGCUGGUUUUGGUUAUAAGAAAAAAAAAGAUGGCUGUGCACCAUCUAGCAUCCUAGGAGUUAAAGAUAAACUGGCGUGCGCAAAUAAAGACAAGAACACAAAAAAGACUGGACAGGGACAGACGCCUGCCUUGUCCGGUAUUUCAGCGUUCUUGUCUUCAUUUGCGCAUGACAAUUUACCUUCAAGUAUAAACGAACUCGCCCAGCGGCAAAUUUUACUCAUCCUACUUUUGCUAAGUUUUCUUGAGGUCAGCUGUACGCUUUUGACAAAUGUUCGAUUUGUGACGGGGCUGCCCACUCACACUUGUGAUGGCUUGCCUUUCUUUUCCGAAACACUUGCGAAUGUGAGCAUACGUGUCAGCAGUAAUGUGCAAAUCCAACAGAUGAGUGUUACUUUGAAACCUCGGACUUUCAAGAACCUCUUUUUCUCAUCUACGGUACGUUUCUGACCAUGAAGCUGCAUGGUUUGUAGUCGGUUUUAGUGUCUCUGGCUCAGCUUGUGGCGUUUAUGCAUAACGGGAAUGCAUUGCUACGACGGGAACUUACAGGUUCGUUGCGGUUGCUUUGAAAAACCCGCAAAAAUGCCUGGCGUGCAGUAUUCUGGCAGCUUUAAACUGGUUACUAGCUGCUUUUAUGAAAGCUGCAAGUCAGUGCCUGUCACCGCUCCCGUGCAGAACUAUCUCCCAUAUCCCACAUCUCACCGUGACAGCAAGGCAACAAAAUAUUGGUGUGUUGCCGCACAAAUUAUGUGAAACUUCCGAUUUCUCCAGUGCUUCGCACUUUCCAGUUGAGCAUGUACAGACCCCUUUGCAGCUUUGUGGAGCCUCAAGUUGCUUGUUUUAAGAGCGUGUUUGUGCUGUCUGGGCGAGGAAAAUUGAGACGUGGAGGUCUUUGUACAAGGAAUUUUGAGCUUGGAAAGUGGUAUUCACUUCGAGGGGAUUCUGAAAAGGCAACGCCAGCACACGUUGUGCUCCAGAUUAGCGUGGCCGGUAUCGCGAUCGAGUUUUCCCUCUAGCUGAUAGCGCGACCACCCAAGUUGUGUGCUGUAGCUACACUGCACCAUUUUUUCUGAGCACUUGUCGUGAAAGUGGCCUCCGUUCUGUAGCAGGAAUGAAAAAAAGGAAGAAAGGAAGAUUUGAUGCUGGUGAGCAGACCUGUAAAUAUCGGUUAGCAGAGUUGUCUCUGUAGAAAAGUCAUAGCUGAUCAGUCUGUCGUAACUUACGUGUACACGAUCAGUGUCUUUAGCCCUGUGACAAUGAUCUACAUAAGUAAUGUGCAUGUACUUGUGAUAGAAGUAGCAUUGUGCAUGUAUGCACAUGAUGCAGCAUUAAACAAACUCUGUCUGACUUUGGAAGCCUCUCCUUUUCUGCUGUUUGCCUCGUAUGUAAGACACCGAUCUCAUGUGAUUCACUGUUGUCGUGUUUCUUCGUUUUUAGUUUGACUCACGGAGUGCAGGUCUUUGUUGAGGGGUUCGUUGCGUUACUUUGCUUGGAGACGUUGCGAGUUAAGGGCACGCCGAGUUUGAAGGGUUGACAUGGAGAGGCAGGGCAGCUUAGACUACGAUUUGAGGAGCCAAAAUCGCCAACUGUUCUUUUCCAAAUCAAAAAUGCGAGUGUUGCAGCGUGGGUAUGCUUUCUUAGCGAACAAUUCGCCGCACGCAUGCAUGCCCAAAGUACCAUUUUGUAAUGUUUAUUCCUCGUUAAUAUUCGUUAUAUAUUUGGAACUGUGUCUCUGGCACUUUCUUCAUUUUAGAUGUGUUUUUCAGUUUUCCAUGCCGAGCUUAGAAUAUUGAUGAACUUCCUCACUCGAGUCUUCUAGCACUCCAAACUUUCAGUGCAUAUUACAGUGCAGAGAAUAAGCAUAAAUUGGGAAUCACAUCAAACAUGCUUCUGAAGUGUAAUCAUCAUCGUGUCAAUGCUUUCAUUUCAAACUGCGUAAUUACCGUGCCAUAUGAGUUUGCUGGAAAGGAGUUCUUUGCAGUUCUUGUCGAACUGAGUGGCUUUGUGUGUUACACAUUUUCGAUAUGAUAAAACUGCUGUUAUCAUACAUUGUUAAAUAAGCACUUUGAUGAUGCUUGCUGAUGCUGGGGAGAAAAAAAACAGGCCCAAAACAUGUCAUGUUGUUGAUGCUUUACUUGUUAAACGAAUGUAUCGAAGUAAGCAAGAGCUUGGAGGGUCCUUCAUGCUUUUAUUUAUGUUCCAUGUCUGUUUGCUCAUUUGCGAUGGGGGCAUUAAAUGCCCGUACAUAAUAACUGCAAGACUAAAAAGUUGCAGUGGUUGUUGCUUACUGAAACAUUUCGUCCCAUACGCAUACACGUGUUAGGUAGUUAGUUGUGUUGUAGGAUCUCAUCAUAGUCGCAUCCCAACCUUCAUUCUCUUGAUUUGCCCAAAUGCUUUUUUUAGUUUUGUCAUCGGCUCCACACAUCUUGGCAUCAUCGAAAAGCGUGAAGUUACAAACAUGGUGAACGCGAGUGAAAUAUGUAAAUAAAUAAAGAAAUGCUUGCAUAUUCCGAGUGAGCUGUUCAAAGAGGAAGCAACCUUUCCAUUUUUUGCAUGUUACAUAUAUAAAUGUUACUAUGUACCAUGUACUCUGUGCUGCAAUGCACGUAGUUUUUUCUUCUUCUGUACUGAAUGUCGAGUCUGAUGGACUAGAGGAAGAGCCUUUAUUUUGUAUAGCAGAGCCUACUUCUCAGAUGUUCAUGUUUUUGACAGAGUCUGCGUAACUUGUCGUUGAACAUUAUUACAUCAGUGUUUAAAUGCUGUUGAUGUGUCAUGCAACUCUCAAUGUAUAUAACUGUUCAAUAAAUCAAUGUUCAUGUUACGGUGCA